GAUAAUCCUUACAAGUGUGUGUGUGCGCGCACCUACAUUAGCGGUUCCCCAGGACCCAGGCUUUGCACGGAUCUCAGCGUGGGCAUAGACCGUGCGCCUCCUGACUUGGGAGUAGUAUCCCCUCGCGCCUGCUUGUGGCUGACACACGCUGACUGGUUUGACUUCAGGAUAGGGGGCUGCAUACAGGGGAGUUUGAGAGGGAGCACAAGAGAUUCCACCACUGAACGGGCCACCAGGAGAGUGGACUAGCUUUGCGAGACUGUCCAGUUGGGCAAAUAUACAUGCCAGAGGGGCAUUGCUGGCACUGAAUGACCUAGACCACACUAGUGGAUGUGCAGUUGUACAAGUUUUUGAAAGAGGUCAAUAAAUAAGUUGCAGAGCAUGAAAGAAGUUUUAAGGUGAUUGCUGAGGCAGAACCAGCCAGCAGAUUGAGUGCAGAACUUUUCUUCUAGGUUGGAUCUAGGCUUCCAAAAAGUAAGUUUUAAGACAAUUCAAUGGCUGACCAAAGGAUGGACAUUUCCUCAACAAUAAGUGAUUUUAUGUCACCAGGACCCACUGACCUAAUUUCCAGUUCCCUUAGUACUUCAGGAAUGGAUUGCAAUAGGAAAAGGAAAGGAAGUUCUACUGAUUAUCAACUGGAUGGCUUUUCUUUUGAAGAAGGUAUGGAUACAGAUAAAGAUGACCAACACGGAAGGUUGGAAUAUACAGACCAACAAGGCAGAAUUAAAAAUGCAAGAGAGGCUCAUAGCCAGAUUGAAAAAAGACGCCGAGAUAAAAUGAACAGUUUUAUUGAUGAAUUGGCAUCCUUGGUACCAACGUGCAAUGCUAUGUCUCGAAAGCUAGAUAAACUUACUGUACUCAGAAUGGCUGUUCAGCAUAUGAAAACAUUACGAGGUGCCACAAACCCAUAUACAGAAGCAAACUAUAAACCUGCUUUUCUGUCAGAUGAUGAAUUAAAACAUCUUAUUCUCAGGGCAGCAGAUGGAUUUCUGUUUGUUGUGGGCUGUGACAGAGGGAAGAUAUUGUUUGUUUCAGAAUCUGUCUUCAAGAUCCUCAACUAUAGUCAGAAUGAUCUGAUUGGUCAGAGUUUGUUUGACUACCUUCAUCCUAAGGAUAUCGCCAAAGUUAAGGAGCAGCUCUCUUCUUCUGAUACCGCACCCCGAGAGAGGCUCAUAGAUGCAAAAACUGGGCUUCCAGUUAAAACAGACAUAACACCUGGGCCAUCGCGACUUUGUUCUGGAGCAAGACGUUCCUUCUUUUGUAGAAUGAAAUGCAACAGACCUUCAGUGAAAGUAGAAGACAAGGAUUUUCCUUCUACCUGCUCAAAGAAGAAAGCAGAUCGCAAAAGCUUUUGCACAAUUCAUAGCACAGGAUAUUUAAAGAGCUGGCCUCCAACAAAAAUGGGACUAGAUGAAGAUAAUGAGCCGGAUAAUGAAGGCUGUAAUUUAAGCUGUCUUGUUGCAAUUGGACGGUUGCAUCCUCAUGUAGUUCCUCAACCAGUCAAUGGUGAGAUCCGGGUUAAACCUACAGAAUAUGUGUCUCGACAUGCAAUAGAUGGAAAGUUUGUUUUUGUAGAUCAGAGGGCAACGGCCAUUCUAGCAUACUUACCACAGGAACUUCUAGGCACUUCAUGUUAUGAAUAUUUUCAUCAAGAUGAUAUAGUACAUCUUGCAGAAUGCCAUAGACAAGUUUUACAGACAAGAGAAAAAAUUACAACUAAUUGUUACAAAUUUAAAAUAAAAGAUGGCUCCUUUAUUAUCUUGAGGAGUCGUUGGUUCAGUUUCAUGAACCCUUGGACCAAAGAAGUUGAAUACAUCGUCUCAACAAAUACAGUUGUUUCCACCAGUGUACUUGAUGGUGGCGAUGCAGCCUUCCCACAGCUUGCAGCGUCUCCGCACAGCAUGGACAGUGUACUUCAGGCUGGAGAAGGUGGCCCAAAAAGGACCCAUCCUACAGUUCCUGGCAUUCCAGGUGGAACAAGAGCUGGGGCAGGUAAAAUAGGCAGAAUGAUUGCUGAAGAAAUCAUGGAGAUUCAUAGGAUAAGAGGGUCAUCGCCUUCCAGCUGUGGUUCCAGUCCAUUGAACAUCACCAGCACACCUCCUCCCGACACUUCUUCUCCCGGAGGCAAAAAGAUUUUGAAUGGCGGAACUCCAGACAUUCCCUCUGCUGGUUUACUAUCUGGGCAGAUCCAGGAUAAUUCUGGCUAUCCCUAUUCUGACAACUCCUCCAUUCUUGGGGAGAACUCUCACAUAGGCAUAGAUAUGAUAGACAACGACCAAGGAUCAAGCAGCCCCAGCAACGACGAAGCUGCAAUGGCAGUUAUUAUGAGCCUACUGGAAGCAGAUGCAGGCCUUGGAGGCCCUGUAGAUUUCAGUGACUUACCGUGGCCCUUGUAAAUGUGACAUUGAUAUUCAGAUGCUGAAUUUAUAAGUGCAUUAUUGGUGGAGUUCUACAGUCUGUGAAGCUUGGAUUAUGAGAAUAGCUUUUAUGUAUAAAUUUCAUAAAAGCCAUAUCAGAACACAAUUCAUUCUACCAUGUGUUAUUUCAGACAAAGUGGAGAUACACAUGCUACAGUGUUCUUGCAUUAUUGAUUUGGUUAGCUGUGUAUAACUUGCGUUAAUUGUAUAUUUUGGGAUUCUGUUCUUGUUGAAUUUUUUUAAAAAAAUCACUGCAACUCUGCACUGUUAUCAUUGGUAGCUUUUAUAUGCAAAUAGUCAUUUCAGAUGUAUGAUGUGUUUUUACACUACAAAAAGCUCCCCAUGUGGAUAUUUCUUAUACUAAUUGUAUCAUAAAGCUGUUUAUUCUUUGUCAGAAUACUAUAAAUAUUGUUAAAUUGUAAUGUAUUAGAACAGUUAAAUAUUUUUAAAAUAAAUGUUUCCCUUGUUCUAAAAUGCAGCAUUUACUUUAUCCUAAACUUCUGAUAAAACCCGGCUUAAGAAGCGUGCUAAGAGCCAUAGAUUGUGCCUUGUUACUUCAGAAAAAAUAAAUAUUUAGUCCCAGGGCUUCAUUCUCAGCUCACUUCAGCAAAUUUCAUAUACACACGGGUGCUUUGUAGUUAAACACAUUUCUAAUGUUAGCCUUUUUUAUAGAUUUGGUUCUCCCACCAUUUCAACAGCUUAAAAAUCAAACUAUCUUUGGAAGUUCAAUCAUUUAAUAAAUGUAAAGAAUUAUAUUUACAAUAUUGUCUUACAACUGACACAUCCCAAUGGAGGAAUAUUAAUGGGUUUUUAUUCUGGGGGUGU